AUGUGCAGGAAACGCAAAUACGACGCGGAACUCCCGGCUGAGAUGGUGCGCGGUCUGGAACGUUUGGAGAACGAGGUUAACCGCUACCAAGGAGAGAACAAGGAAUUGCGUGAACGCCUAAAAGCUGCCGAGACCGAGGUGACGACGCUCCAAGACCACGUUGCUAGCCACAAAAACAAGUUGAAUGGCGGAGACAAAAAGGUUCGAAGCGCAAAGGACGUCGCAGGCAAGCAAGAAGAGAAGGCGAAGGAUGCUGUGCGGGAGAAGCAAGACCCGUCGCUUACCAAACUAUGCGAUGACCUACGAGCAGAUCUUGAGGUAGAGCGAGCAGGCCGGUCAAACAAGCGAAAAGAUGACUCUGCAUCCGAUAUUACGGUCGCAGUCGUACCUGUGGAGCUCACGAUCAGCCGUGGCAACUUCCUAACGCUUUCGGAGACGUUGGAAAUAAGUCAAGCCACCGUAGCUAUGCAACUACAGGACUGGUACGACGAGUGGAUGAAGCCGGACGAUCCGGUCAAGCAGGUGCUCGGCGCCGACUUUGUGGACAACGAAAAGAAAUAG